UUUACUCGUUUAAUUUUAGGCAUUUUGAAUUGGGAAUAGGGUUUCGCAGUGGACAUGACGAAACCGAACGUCGAUCUUCUCCGUCGUCGGACGAUUACGGACUCGGACCAAUCGCCGAGUGGGCUCGGCGAGUCGGGCUCCGACCCGGAGGCCCAGGACUUCACCUUUGCGUUCAAUGAUAUCAAUUUCUCCGAUCGGAUUUUGAGGAUCGAAAUCGUACCUGAUUCCCCCGAGGCCAAACCCGACGGUGUGGGAUGCUCCACCGCCUCUGACUGGGAGCGUAACAAAAAGAGAAGGAGGGCCGAUAUUAAGAGAGACAGUGCUGAGGACAUUCUUGCGCACAGUGAGGAGCAGGUCUUAAACUGUAACAUACCAGAUACAGUGGAUGAUGUGGCAUUUGAAAAUCAAGAUGAGGAAGCUGCGGCAAUGAAUGAGUCACCUUCUGGCGUUGGAAGAGUUGAUGAAGCUGUGCAUAGCAAUGACUCGUCCUGGAGCAUGGACUGUUCUACAGUUCUCAAGGUCAACACCAUACAUGUCAGUUCGCCAAUUUUGGCUGCAAAGAGUCCAUUUUUCUAUAAGUUGUUUUCGAAUGGGAUGAGAGAGUCAGAGCAACGGCAAGUAACUCUAAGAAUUCACGCAUCUGAAGAAGCUGCCCUCAUGGACCUUAUUAAUUUUAUGUAUAGUAACACUCUAUCCACGAUAACACCUCCUGCUUUGUUGGAUGUGUUCAAGGUUGCUGACAAAUUUGAGGUUGCAUCUUGCAUGAGAUAUUGCAGUAGGGAAUUGCGGAAGUUUCCUAUGACUCGUGAGUCUGCUUUGCUUUAUUUGGACCUUCCAUCUAGUGUUUUGAUGGCUGAUGCAGUUCAGCCACUGACAGAUGCAGCAAAACAGUUCCUUGCUGGAUGCUACAAAGAGAUAUCCAAGUUCCAGGAUGAGGUGCUGAACUUGCCCCUGGCUGGUGUUGAGGCUGUACUGUCUAGUGAUGAUCUCCAGGUGGCGUCAGAGGAUGGCAUUUAUGAUUUUGUGCUAAGGUGGGCUCGGUCCCAUUACCCAAAACUGGAAGAACGACGAGAAGUCCUUGGCUCACGCCUUGGUCGGCUCAUUCGUUUUCCACACAUGUCGUGCCGGAAGCUUAGGAAGGUCCUAACCUGCAAUGACUUUGAUCCUGCACUUGCAUCAAAGAUAGUACUUGAGUCUUUGUUUUUUAAGGCUGAGGCACCAUUCAGGCAGCGCUCCCUUGCUCUAGGGGAUCGUCGCUUUGGGGAGCGGUCUUACAAAUACCGGCCAAUCAAGCUGGUGGAAUUUGAACAACCCCGUGACCAAUGUAUUGUGUUCCUGGACCUAAAGCGCGAAGAAUGUGCACGGUUAUUUCCAGCUGGUCGGGUGUACUCACAGGCUUUUCACCUUGGUGGGCAGGGAUUUUUCUUAUCAGCCCAUUGCAACAUGGACCAACAAAGCUCAUUUCAUUGCUUUGGGCUGUUUUUGGGGAUGCAAGAGAAGGGAUCGGUUAGUUUUACAGUUGACUAUGAGUUCUCAGCAAGGUCAAAGCCCGGGGAGGAUUAUUUGAGUAAAUACAAAGGAAAUUACACUUUCACCGGAGGGAAGGCUGUUGGCUAUCGCAACUUGUUUGGUAUACCCUGGACGUCAUUCAUGGCCGAUGACAGCAUCUAUUUCAUCGAUUCUGUUCUCCAUCUCAAGGCCGAGCUCACCAUCAGGCAAUGAGUCCUUUCUGGGCGGAGUGAUUUGGAAGAGCUUUGAUUGCCUUGUCUAACACCCCCUGUAGUUUAGAUGUCUGGCAGGUUUAGGUACAUUUUGGCAUCAAAGACUGGGUUGUAGUUUAAUUUACCCCAGUCAAGUUGUUCUUAUAUCUUCAACUCUUCGUUCCCAAAGAAAUGAAAAACGUAGGGUUACUGGAAA